GGAGGAUUAGUCCCCACUACAAUGGCCGAAGAGUUUAAUGCUGUCAAUGCCUCAGGAGGUAUUUCAGAUUUCAAAUAAAGAAAGCCUAUUUAAUCCAUCGAUGCCGCUCCUCACUUCCAUCCUGUGUCAUCACCAAUGCAGCCUAAGUCAAGGCGCUUGGUCACGACUCCGAACCUACCUAUAUACGAAAACACAAGGUUGUUGCAACAUCAAAAGCAACUGUCUUCAUACUUAAUCAUCUUCUAGAGCAAUAUCCUGCCUAAGCGGGCCAGCAUCAUCAACACGUCCUCAAGAUGUCUUCGAUGAAUACAUCCCAGAAUGAUGCCGGUCCUCGUCUUCGACAACGCCGGCUUCUCAAGGACAUCAAGGAGCUCGUGGAGAAGCCGUACCCGAACAUCGCUUUACAUACCUUUGAUACUGACCUUACGGCAGCCUGUCUAGUCCUUACUCCCGAGAAUUGGAAACCCCUACACAUGACCAUAAACUUCCCAGGAGAUUACCCUGUGCAACCGCCAAUUGUCUUCAUGAACUCUGCAGUUUACCAUCCGAACGUAUAUCAAGACUACAUAUGCGCUUCCAUUCUCUGGAACUCUCCACCUUCCGGGUACCCGCGCGAAGCCGUGUCCUCUACUGAUUAUACGCCCGCAUACACACUCAAGGGCAUAGCAAUCCAAUUGCUUAGUUUCUUCUCAAGUGGUUACGUCGAACAAGAGCACAAUGGCAAGCCGAAGAAUCUAGACGAUUAUAGAGGUACGGACAAGGCCCUCAUCGACGAUUUCCAGUGCAACUAUUGCCAUUUUGGCCGGGAUUAUCGAAAACCCGCACCUCGGAUAGUGGUACCAAAAAAUAAAUAUAAUGCGCGGGUUGACAGUGCUCCGAACGAGUGGCCGUCACUCUCCAACAGAUACGCACCAUCAAGCCCAAGGAUUCAGACCGAUCCACAACCGGUUCAGCAGAAGAACGUGACGAGCUGCGAGAUCAAUCGUUUACCAAACGAGUUGUUGAUAAUGAUUAUGGAGAACUUGGACUUCGACCAACUGACGAAGUUUGCUGCUGCUUGGCCAAGGAUUAGCAACGUCGUGAGAGACUUCGACAUCAUGAGGCAGCGUGAACUCCAGUGUUUUUGCCUGAAGCAAUCGUACCGGUCUGUCAAGCUCGGAGUAGGUGUAUCGAUCUAUCGUGGCCAGAUUUCUUCGGAAUUUGACCUCUUAUCACAAGAAGCGUACGAGACCUGGAACAUUCGCCGGGCAAUCAAUAACCUCGUCUUCGAACACUGGCUUCCUCUACCAAUCUCCCGUCAGCAUUGGAGAGGGGUAAAGGGGGAGGUGAAGGAUGCUCUUAACGCAAUUAGACUCCAGAUUAAGGAUGGCCCUUUUGGAGAAGCCCAGGUGCUCUUCACAUUCAUGAAUGACGUGGUAGUUCGACUCAACGAGGUAGUUGACCCUAAGAGUGAUGAUCUCGACUACAAAGCGAAGAGACGUGCUCCUCAGAAAAGUAAUCUUCAUCACGCCUCGGAGAAGGCCAUCGAUUCGUACUUCCACCUUUUCCAUCUCCUCGUCUGUCUCGCCACUGAAGACCCCUCAUUAGUUGAGCACGCCAAUUCUCUCCUCCGAAACUUUAUGAACGGCAAGCGGUCCAAGACCGACUGUCCCAAUCUAGGACACCUCCUCAUCGCAUUGUUGGUUUCCGACAUCGAAGUCACCGACGCGCUGCGGAAGGCUAUUAUUAUUGAAGCCAUCACAAGAAACGUCGUUUGGCUUCUCGAUAGGAAGGGAGCCCGUAUGCCCGAACUCUCGUACAUUGAACCAGGUCCAGUGUCGGCCUACCGUCUCAGCAAAACUUUCGAGGGUUCUCGAACUUCGUAUCGGCUUUUGAUGUUCUCAGAGCUGUUUCGACGCACAGCCCGGCCCUCCCACACUAAACCCCUAACGCAGGUUCGCGACGAGCUUUUCGACCGGCACGGCGCCCCUCCUCGGAACGCGGCGCGGGAAUUGUCGGAGACGAUUCGGCGGCUACACACUAUAAACGACUUCCCAGCUUUCCUGAAGGAAAUGGGCCUCCAGACAAUCCCGGAUGCGCAAACUUUCACCGAUGUUCUGCGAAAGACGGUGCUCUCAAGCAUGCACAAAGGAUACUCGAGAUGGGGCAUGCCGCCUAGAUAUGCUUUAUUGUUGCGAUGUAAGAAGGACCGCUACUUGUGGGAGAAUCGCCACAUCUGGCUGAAAGGAGAUGAUGCGCGUUGGCUGGGUCAGAAUUGGGAGGCCAACGCGCUCAGUCGUUACGGGAGCUUUUUCCCGGAUAAAAGCAACCCACGAGGACGGCGUAAUGGCGAAGGCCAUUGAAGCUAUGCGAAAGCAGCAGCAUAGGCUACUCAUGCUUGAUUAUUAGAGCAGAGCUGUGCAUUAUGAAAGAUUAGUAAAAGCGCGGGAAUACAUUCCCGCGAUAGUAUCUCAAUGAGUGUACCUAAUCAUCGCCAGUGAAUAAAAAUAAAUAAAUUACAAAGCUGAAAAAAAA